AUGGAUGCCUUCCUGGCCUAUUUGGCUCUUUGGUCUUACUUGGUCCCUGGGGCUCUGUCCACCCCCGAGGCGGAGACUCUGACACCACGAGCCUCUACAGAAGCUUACUCCCCUCCAUAUUACCCGGCCCCAAACGGAGGAUGGGUCUCCGAAUGGGCCAGCGCCUACGAGAAGGCGCACCGUGUCGUAAGUAAUAUGACCUUGGCCGAGAAGGUCAAUCUUACAAGCGGCACGGGUAUCUUCAUGGGCCCUUGUGCCGGCCAGACUGGUAGUGCUCUCCGGUUUGGGAUCCCCAACCUAUGCCUUCAUGAUUCGCCCCUCGGAGUCCGCAAUUCGGACCACAAUACAGCAUUCCCGGCCGGCAUCACGGUUGGCGCAACAUUUGACAAGGACCUGAUGUACGAGCGCGGAGUCGGUCUUGGCGAAGAGGCGCGAGGAAAGGGUAUCAACGUUCUGUUGGGCCCGUCCGUGGGCCCGAUCGGGCGGAAGCCCCGGGGAGGCCGCAAUUGGGAAGGGUUUGGGGCAGAUCCCAGUCUACAGGCCUUUGGGGGCUCGUUGACUAUCAAAGGAAUGCAAAGCACCGGUGCUAUUGCCUCACUCAAGCAUCUUGUCGGAAACGAACAGGAGCAGCAUCGGAUGAGCAGUGUUGUCACGCAGGGCUAUUCGUCAAAUAUUGAUGACAGGACCAUGCAUGAGCUGUACCUGUGGCCAUUCGCCGAAAGUGUCAGAGCCGGUGCUGGUUCGGUCAUGAUUGCGUAUAACGAUGUGAACCGAUCCGCCUGCAGCCAGAAUAGCAUGCUCAUCAAUGGAAUCCUCAAGGAUGAACUGGGCUUCCAGGGCUUUGUCGUCACCGACUGGCUGGCUCACCUUGGUGGGGUUUCGUCCGCGUUGGCUGGCCUGGACAUGAGCAUGCCGGGCGACGGGGCUAUCCCACUCUUGGGCACGAGUUACUGGGCGUGGGAGCUGUCGCGCUCCGUGCUCAAUGGCUCGGUCCCGGUCGAGCGUCUGAAUGACAUGGUCACGCGAAUCGUCGCAACAUGGUACAAAAUGGGGCAGGACAAAGACUACCCACUACCAAACUUCUCCUCAAAUACCGAGGAUGCGACUGGGCCGUUGUAUCCCGGCGCCUUAUUUUCCCCAAGUGGCAUUGUCAACCAAGACGCAAUCACGUUGCUCAAGAAUAACGAUAAUAUUCUACCUCUGAAACGGAAUGACACCUUGAAGAUCUUCGGCACCGAUGCCGGCACCAAUCCGGACGGGAUCAACUCUUGCACUGAUAAAGGCUGCAACAAAGGCGUACUGACUAUGGGCUGGGGAAGCGGGACCUCCAGACUCCCCUAUCUCGUCACACCGCAAGAAGCGAUAGCGAAUAUCUCAUCCAAUGCCGAGUUUCACAUCACAGAUACGUUUCCUUUGGGCGUCUCCGCAGGCCCUGACGACAUUGCAAUUGUCUUCAUCAACUCGGACUCCGGCGAGAACUACAUCACCGUCGAUGGCAAUCCAGGAGACCGUACGCUGGCAGGGUUAAAUGCGUGGCACAAUGGUGACAAGCUUGUCAAAGCCGCAGCGGAGAAGUUCUCCAACGUAGUCGUGGUGGUUCAUACCGUGGGACCCAUCCUGAUGGAAGAAUGGAUCGAUCUAGAAUCCGUCAAAGCGGUGCUCGUCGCUCACCUACCGGGACAGGAGGCAGGCUGGUCACUAACCGACGUUCUCUUCGGGGACUAUAGUCCGAGCGGGCAUCUGCCUUACACCAUCCCUCGCAGUGAAUCAGACUACCCAGAGAGCGUCGGGUUGCUUGCUCAGCCAUUCGGCCAAAUCCAAGACGACUACACCGAAGGUCUCUACAUCGACUACCGACACUUCCUGAAGGCAAACAUCACCCCUCGCUACCCAUUCGGACACGGUCUCUCCUACACGCAAUUCAACCUCUCCGAACCCAACCUAUCCGUCAUCACACCGCUAGACACAGCCUACCCGGCCGCACGACCCGCCAAAGGCUCUACGCCCACGUACCCCAACACCAAGCCCGCCGCGUCCGAAGUCGCCUGGCCCAAGAGCUUCAACCGCAUCUGGCGCUACCUCUACCCCUACCUCGACAACCCGGACGGCGCAGCCGCCAACUCCUCCAAGACAUACCCCUACCCAGACGGCUACACGACGGAGCCCAAGCCCGCCCCUCGCGCCGGCGGAGCCGAAGGAGGCAACCCGGCCUUGUGGGACGUGGCCUUUUCGGUCCAGGUCAAAGUGACGAACACGGGAUCUCGGGACGGUCGUGCCGUUGCCCAGCUGUAUGUGGAACUGCCCCGUAGCCUGGGACUGGACACGCCGUCUCGACAGCUGCGGCAGUUCGAGAAGACCCAGAUCUUGGCUGCGGGGGAGAGUGAGGUGCUGACGUUGGAUGUCACGCGCAAGGACCUUAGUGUUUGGGACGUUGUUGUGCAGGACUGGAAGGCGCCUGUCAACGGGGAGGGAGUUAAGAUCUGGAUCGGAGAGAGCGUGGCGGAUUUGCGCGUUGGGUGUGUGGUUGGCGAGGGGUGUUCUACUUUGUAG